CUCACAGAACACAACAUGAAUCCCAAGAGUGAAGUCCUGAUUGCCGCCGUGCUCUUCUUCCUGCUGGCCUGUGUGCAAUGCCAGCUCACCUUCUCGCCAGAUUGGGGCAAGCGUUCGGUGGGCGGCGGAGCUGGAGGCGGCGCCGCCGGUGGCUUCUUUGAGCCGCAGCAGCAGGGCAACUGCAAGACGUCCAACGAGAUGCUGCUGGAGAUCUUUCGAUUUGUGCAAUCGCAGGCGCAGCUCUUUCUCGACUGCAAGCACCGGGAAUAGAAGGGCCCAAGGACCAGGCGAAAGACACACACCCAACCGGGCUCCAGGCCUAUUAACCAUACGAUUAUAAUGUAUAUGCUAUAUAGUCCAUAUUCGAUGUGUAUAUGUUGCAUGUUGUCUGUACGAGUACACGAGGUAGUCGUAGUCGGCAUUUAGAUUUAGAGCAUUUUCCGUUUCUUGUCUCUCAGUGUUAACAAUUAGCCACGUGCCUAACUGAAAGCCAAAAGUCAAUAAAUAAGCGC